CGAACCGAACAGACGACGGGCGGUGCAAACAAAAGUGGUUUAAUGUUUGAGGCGCGGCUGCAGGGAACUGUUUUAGUGUUAGUGAACCUCUAAUCUCGUUAAGAUGGUAGCCUGGGAGGUGCUUGAUGCUGAGUGCGAUGAGGAAACUCGGCAGGCAAAGGACCUGGGUAGUCUCACCUCCCUGUAUGAAGUGGUCAAGCUUACCUAUUUCCAUCCCAGUGAGCAGGUAGAGGGCCUGCCUCUGGUGAGUGCCAGUUCAGGAUGGGGCCAGGUGGCAGUGGCCUUGGACCAGAUGCUGUUUGUGUUAGAGGAGAACUACUCCUCCUUGGUGCUCCAUCUCACCCUGGAGGAAGCAGUGAGCCUGGUGUUGUGGGCACCACAAGGGGAGUUCCUGAUGGUGGGAGAUGUUGCCGGCAGAAUCCAUUACAUCCAUGUGGCCUCGCACAAACUGCUCAUCACAAGGCAUCUUCCCAUUAAAAAGAAGAAAGGAAAAGUGUUUGUUGGAGGACACUGCUUUCAGAUGAGUGAUGGCAGCCUCACAGUGUCUCUUGCUACCUCCUGUGGCCAGAUCUUCAGCCUGAAUAAUAUAGACAAUGUUGCUCUGAGUGAAGGCCUGAGACUGAGGAGUGAAGACACUCUUAAGACUGUGGCAGCAGGCAUCACCUUGACAGAGCAGAGCUUUGAUCUCCACGAUGCUGAGGUGUCGUCUGUGGAGAGUGGUGAUGGCAAGCUGUGGCUGUACUGCGCCAGUGAGGAUGGCCUCGUCCUGUGGAGUCCUUCCAGCCUGCAGGACCCAAAGCGGCCCCUUACCUGGACCCUCUCCCAAUAUUCAGCCUGCCGCUGUAUCACACCUGUACUGAACGCCAGGUACCUGGUGGUGCUGAGCAAGGAAGGGACUGUAGCGGUGGUGUGCAGUGUGACGGGCCUCACUCUGUGUGAAGAGGAUGCUGGUGGGCUGCCUAUCCUUGAUGUGAAGCUGCUGCAGGAGGUAGAAGACCAGGCACAGUUCUUCUUUCUCCUGAAGGACCCGGACUCAGGAAGCUGCCUGAUGAGGAUUGUGUCCUUCCCAGGCUUCAGUACAAUAUAUGAGCUUAGUGUGACCCAAGGCAGCUCCCUGGUGACGCUGGGGAAGGGGACCGAGUGUGUCUUGUUUUUGGAGCCUGAAGUCACUCCUGAUACAAAACUCAUCAAGAAUAUCAAGAUGAAGAGUAUUGUAGAUGGUGUGCCUGAAGCGAGACUGGCCAAGCUGUUGGUGAAGCACAAAUUUAAGGAAGCAGAGGAGUUCUGUGGGCUCUUCCAUCUGGACGUAGAGGAUGUGCACAGGGCCCGAGCACAAUAUUUGUGUGACCUGCUGAACCCCUGGCAGAACACGGACACCACAGCCAGCCUCACUGUGCUGGACAUGGAGGCUGGCAGCAGUCUGAUGGAGGAGCUACUCACCACGCUGGAGAAGAUCCGUGAUGCUGCAUUUGUCACCACCAUGUGCAUUGAGGCUCCCAUGACCAACCUGCCCACCACCAAGAGGAUCCUCAGCUAUGCCAAGGAACGCCUUGCUCGGGCAACUCAGUCAGAAGAAGGCGACAAGAUGAGUGAGUUGAUGCAGAGAGUGUGUGAGACGUCGUACCGCCUCCGCACCUUUGAGACAGUCUUUCCAUCCUCCGACAUUCAGCACUGGCUCUCCUUCUCCCACGCUGACAUGCUGGAGGAGUGCCUGGAGCACCUCACUCAGGGAAAUUUGGAUGUGGUGUCGACAUUCUGGCACCGACACCAGUAUGAGUUCUGCCAGCUGAUGGACGAGGAGCAAGUGGCACAGGUGCUGGCAUCAGUACCCCACAACAUCCCCUCCUCCGUCCUGUGUCAGUGGCUGCCUAACAACAUCCUGACAGACUUGGUGAUGAUGUGCCGCUCCUCCUUGGACAUGAUUGCCAUCUGGGCCGACGACUGGGUCAAGAAGCUGGAGUUGCAGGAGAAGGCUAAAUGGCCCACCUGUGGCCUGAAUCUUGCCAACACCAUCAUCGGUGUGCUGGAAAAUGUCUCCUCUGACUUUCUGGCAGAUGGCAGUGCAGAGAACACCUUGGCUGGACAGGUUGCCUUCUCCCCAUCUGCAGCACUGCAACAAUUGCAGCAGACAGCACAUGCUCUGCAGGACCUUCAGUUACUAUCCUCCAAAUUUAGGAUCAAAAUAGAACUGAACCAGUAUACUCAGGAUGACAAGAUGGGGGCGGUGUCUGCUCUGCUGGACUGCCUGGCGUAUGGGGAGGAGGUGGCUUCCCUGAUGGAUGGCUUCCUCAGAGGAUUCUUUGUGCGGCACCAGCUGGACCAAGACCUCCACCUCUCCCGCUACAUACUGGAGACCCUGGCCAGUGCCGACCAGAACUGGUGGGCCUGGCAGGAGGCCCCAUGGGAGGACAAGCUGUAUGCCAUCGUUGAUGUCAUGUCUGACACCCAGCUGCGAGCGGAGGUACUGCUGGAGUGUGUGCGUGUGGCGCCAGUGCCGUGGAGUGAGGGGACGCAGGCAGCCUGUGAGUUGGGGGUGUCCCUCAACACCACCUUCACCAGUGAGCUGGAGGACCAACGGAACAUGGUGGGCCUCAAGCUGGUGCUGCGCCGAUACUCACUCCACAUGGUGAAGAUUGAGGACCCCAUGAUUGCAGAGAUGAUCUUGAGUAACAUUGUAUCAAGUGACAAGGAAACAGUGAUGGAGGAUGCCCUGUGUGUGGUGAACAGCUACCGCUGCCUGCGUCAGAGUGACGCCUACUUCUUCCGUGCCAUCCACCUGCUUAACACAAGAGAUAUUGAUGGCACCAAAGAAUUACUCUUGGGAGUAAAUGACAGUCUCCAGAAAGUGGUGGGCGAGAACCUGCUCAUCUACAUGACCCAGAUGCUGCUGCACAGACCACUGUCACAGGAGAUGAAGGACAAGCAUGAGGCGAUGACCAAGGGUGUGAUGGAGCUGGAGGCAGUGCUCAAGAAGUUGAUUCCAUCAGAUAGCCUUCAAGACUACAGGAAUGUUUUCUCAAUUGCCCCUAGACUUCAUGCUCUCCAGACUCAUUACAAGUUGUACCCAACCCUGCGGGAUAUGGAAGACAGGACAGGAUGCAAGACUCUUCUGCAAAACCAAGUCACGGCAUGGUUCAGAGAGAACAUUUCCAACCUUGAUGCAAAAGAACAGUCGGUACUUGAAGCAGGUGAUGACAAGAAUGUGAAGAGAAAGAGCCUCUUCAGUGUACCUCCUCCUGCUCCCCCUACCUCUGCUCCUCCAGCUGUGAAGAAGGAAGAUGUGUGGGCAGGCAUGAGCCGCUUACAGUGGAUGGCCUCCCUGCUUGGGGUGGCUAGGUCUGAUCUUCUCUCACACUUGGCUUCACUCUUCUCCAAGAGUGGGAGGCUGAAGGAGGCCAUCCAGAUCUGCCAGAAGUUGUUGGCUGAUCCCAGCAUCAAAGAUUGUAGCAGUGUGGUGUACCAGGUGGUGAGGCUGGUGGUGGAGCAUCUCAGCCAGUUUUUACCUGCCUCUGAGUGUUCCACCUUCCUCAGUUCCUCAUCAUCGCAGGAGAGAGAUAUCACCAUGAAAUCCCAUGCUAAUCUCAUCAACAUUGUUCAUGAGCUUGUGAGUGCUGCCCAGCUGCAUGCACCUCCAGAUUUGCUGCACUCGUUGCUGGAGCUGGGGAGCUGGUGUCAGGUGAGCCAGAUGCUGUACUCACAGUGCCAUGUGGAGGGAGUGUACACCAAUGGCACCAAUGACUCCAACACCUUGAGUGACCCAAAGACCACCUGGAGGCUUAGUCCUCUGUUCUGUGAUCCCAACAUCCCCAUUGAAGACCUGCUAGUAUUGCCAGUUAUCACUUGUGCCUUGAAGAGCUGCCUCAUCUCUCAUACUCCUACCCAGAACACUAACUUGCUACCUUACCAGAGUAGCCCAGGGGCAAUGGCCAACCUGGGAACAAAUGCAGACUUCGUAAGCAGCUUGCAGUUCCUUGUGAGUCACCUGCGUGAGCGUGGCCAGGAUCUGCUUGCCCUCCAGCUGUGCCUUAAGAUGGUGCAGCAGAACUCUGAGUCAUCUUCUGCAGGAUUUAUACCGGACUGGAAGCAGGUGUUUACCAUCCUUCUGAAAGUCAUUGGAACACCCAAGCCAGACACCACUCUAGCCAUUGGUUUGCUGUUGCUCCUUCCAAAGAGGGAGAGUCUUAAAGUGCUUAAUGAACUGAUCAAAAGAUAUGGGUUUGACUACAUCAAGUUGAUGCAUAUUGGAGCAACAGGGAAGGACUAUAGCAGUUUGCUUGAGCUCAGAGAUGUGAAGGAGCAGUUCGAGGUAUUGGUGAAAAGAGCCCAGUGGGGUAAAAGACUGUCUGACAUGAAUGUUUCAUUCAAGGAAGCUUUUAGAGGUGAUACAUUGGCUCUUAAGGCAGUUGUUAGUGAUCUAGUCUCUCAGCCAUCCUGCACAUUCCCUCUCCUCCAUGAGUACUGUGAAGAAUUUGGGAUAGACAUGACAGAAUCACUGCUAUGCUACCUGCAGACAACACUCCACUCUUGGUCUCCCGUGGUGCCAGACAAGAAGCCUGCACCAGGUGAGGUGGUGCAGGUGGAGCCUCCACGUGCUAUCCUAUCCAAGUGCAAGGUCAUCAUUGCUGAAGUGAAAAGUAAGGAUCUGCUCUUUGAUAUGCUUUCAUCAGAGGUGGAGCAGCUCAGCCCUUACAACUAUGAGCUAAUUGAGUUAGUGCUGCAGCAGCUUGUUGCCCUCCAGGAAUUCUCAGAUGACAAGGAGCUUCACAGACGAGGACUGGAUGUGAUUAGCUUCCUGAAGGUGUACCCACGCCAAGCCCUGCCAAGCAAUGCCGAGGUGGACGAGUGGAUAGCCAAUCACCCACAGAGCCAGGCAGAGCCAGAGAUUGCUAAAUAUCGACUUCCCUUCCAUGAAGUCUACAUUAAUAGCUCAAAUUUUACUAAAACAGUGGAGGCAGAACUCAACAUUUCAACACUUGACAUCUGGCUUCAGGCAUCACACAUCCUGAAGCUCAAUACUAACCACAUGUGUUUCUCAGCCGUUCACAACACUGUGUCCAAGACGAUGGAGCUGGAGGCCACCCCAAGACAAAGGCUUGGCAGCUCCUCCAAGACAGCAUCUUCCACAGCAACACCAAAGUGGAGGCUGUGCAGCUCCUACAGUGGCCUGCUAUCACAGGUUAGCCUGGUUAUUGCCAGGAUGCAGGACUACCAGCUGGCUGCGGCCUGCUGCACCUGGAUGGUGAACCGGCUUCCUCCAGGGGCUGACAAGGUGGAGGCCAUCAAGAAGAGCUGCUCCUUAGUGCAACAAUGGAAGGAAGACACUGCAGACCCCAAGGCCAGCAGUGCCCACGCCAAGAUGGAGAAGUGGUACCAGCAACUGGCCUGUGAGCACGCCCUGCACAAACACGGACUGGCUGAGGCCCAGUACUUGGCUCUCACCCGCACUCCCUCCCAGCUGAUCACUGCUCUGUACCACCACCCUGCCCUCACCUCCCUCUCCACCCUCUGCACGCACAGCAAACCUGACAUUAAUGCUUGUGUCUCAGAAAUUUGCAGUGUUUCCGAACUGAAGAAGGUGGCUAUCCUGCUUGACCUCCUGGAGCAGUGGCUGCCGGCUCCUGAGGACACCAUGGGAGCAGGACUGGAUGACACCGUCACCAACUUCAAGAUCUCACUGGACCCCACACAGGCAACUGAGAACACACAAGAUGACACUUCAAUCUCCAGGGUCAUCUACCUGCUGAAGUGUUGCCCCCAAGAGGAGGCUGUGAGUUACCUCCUCAAACGAGCACUAUCUGAAGACACCAGCGUCCCUGCUUCCCAUCGUCUGCGUGCCCUGCGCUGCCUCCUGGCCAUUGCUGAUGAGGCCACCAUCCAGAAAAAGUACCCACAUGGCAUGAGUGAGCUGAGGAAUCUCCUGAAGUCAAUGAAAUAUGUGACUCGUCUGGAAGCCUUGGGGCACACCAGCACUGUGCAGCAGUUCGAUGGCAUGGACAAAAAUGCCUUGGUGGAGGGACUGUGGCGCACACAGCGACAUAACCCCAAAGCUCUGUGCCUCAUUACAGACAUCUGUCAUGACUUCAAGGUGACGGCGGCUUCUCUGUGGGGCGCCCUGCUCAUGCAGCUCACACGCUUCGUCAAGACUGAGCAGCUGGAGGUGUCUGUGAUGGAGAGAGUGUUGGUACAGCUGAAGAGUAUGCCACACCUGUUGGCAGUGCCGGCCCUCACCACCGCCUGGACCACGCUCAUUGCACAUCCCUUCACUAAGGCCAUAGCUCCCCUAAGUGAGACCAGCUUAGCCAGCUGCGUGCACGGUGUAGACCUGCUGCUGCGACACUGCCCUGUGGUGGUGCCCACAGCACCCCUCCUGCAACACUGUGUGGAUCUGAACUUGCCACUGCUUGCCCUGGCUAUUGCUGCUGCUGAUCUAGACACCAAUCAUGACCUACAGAGCAUGGUUGAGGCAGCUGACUACAACACGCUGAAGAAUGCAUAUCUCAAGUUGAAGCCUCAGUUUGCCUUCCCCAAGCGUGUUCAGGAGCUGCUGGAGUGAUUCUUCUCACCUUCUCACCUGCCAGACGUCUACUGUAUAGCCUCUUGAAUUGUAGGAAUGCUUCUCCUUUACAUUAGUUAUUGUCUUGUUUCUCUGUCUGGUUAUGGAAUUUUUACAUUACUAACACUGUAAAUAUUUAUAGUACUCAUAUUUUGUCAGUAAUUAUUGGAAGAUAAAAACUUUUAUUGACAUUGUGAAAAAGCACAACUGCAUGUUUUAAAAGAAUAAAGAUGUGGCAGCUGUGUUUCAUAAAGGCGUGGGACAAUUUCAAGUAAAGUUGUUGUUUUUUUACUGCAAA